CCCCCUGCAGAGAUGGACACCUUCAGCACCAAGAACCUGGCCCUGCAGGCCCAGAAGAAGCUCUUGAGCAAGAUGGCUACCAAGAGCAUCGCCAACGUCUUCAUUGACGACACCAGCAGCGAGAUCCUGGACGAGCUGUACCGGGCCACCAAGGAGUACACCCACAACCGCAAGGAGGCCCAGAAGAUCAUCAAAAACCUCAUCAAGAUAGUGAUGAAGCUGGGCGUGCUCUACCGCAACGGGCAGUUCAGCCCCGAGGAGCUGCUGGUGAUGGAGCGGUUCCGCAAGAAGGUGCACACCUUGGCCAUGACAGCUGUCAGCUUCCACCAGAUAGACUUCACCUUCGACCGGAGGGUGAUGUCGGGGGUGCUGACGGAGUGCAGGGACCUGCUGCACCAGGCUGUCAAUGGGCACCUGACAGCCAAGUCCCACUCCCGCAUCAACCACGUCUUCAACCACUUUGCGGACUACGAGUUCCUCUCGGCGCUCUACGGGCCGGCCGAGCCCUAUCGCACCCACCUGAAGAGGAUCUGCGAAGGGGUCAACAAGAUGCUGGAGGAGGACAGCAUAUGA